CCCUGCCCCCAUCCGUGAUGUCACCGUGCAGCAGCAGCAGCAGGUCUUCAGUCUGAGGAGGAACCUGCAGCAGGACAGGCAGAACAUGGCCGACUCCACCAGCAGCAGCUCCGACUCUUCAUCCUCCUCCUCCUCCUCACUCAGAGACCUCACACACUCAGCCUUACAGCUCAUCCACUGGAGGGAACCCAAGAAGUCCGCGAUGGCGUUCAGCUUGUCGCUGCUUGUUCUCGUCUCUGUGGCAACGCUGUCUGUCAUCAGCGUGGUGUCCUACCUGAUGCUGGCCUGCCUCUGUGUCACCAUCACCUUCAGGGUUUAUAAAUCUGUGAUCCAGGCGGUGCAGAAGUCUGAGGAAGGUCAUCCAUUCAGGUCUCUGCUGGAGAAGGACAUCUCAGUGUCCUCAGAGUCGGUCCGGCAGCUGGCUGAUCAGUUUCUGAUCCACCUGAACUGGUUCAGCAGCCAGACCAGGCGGCUGCUGCUGGUCCAGGACUUGGUGGACUCUCUCAAGCUGAUUGUCAUCAUGUUUCAGCUGGCUGCAGCCAUGUGGGUGAUGACGUACGUUGGAGCUGUGUUUAAUGGAGUCACCAUCCUGAUUCUUGCUGACAUCAUCUUCUUCACCACCCCACUGAUCUACCAGAAGAAGAAGACUCAGAUUGAUCGGCAGAUUGAGUUGGUUCGAUCCAGGCUGGAGGAAACUCUUCAAAAGUGAACAGGUUUCCAUGGUUACAGUGCAGGUGACCAGGGGAGAGAGGUGUUCACAUUGUCUGUCUGUGUCCAGGCUGCAGGACCAUCUACCUGGAGCUGUGAAGAGAACCAAAGCUGAGUGACACCUGAGCACCUGUGGCUCCGCCUCCUCCUCGGAUUGGUCCAUUUGAUUCUGAAAUCUUUUCAUAAAAUCAGAUAAACUGAGAGAAA